AUGGAGGAUAUUCUCUCGGCGGCGCUCACAGAAGCCGGCCUCGAGGAGUUUGUGUGCACACCGUCGCCGGUGCCGAGCACGUCUGGCAGGUAAUUCUUGAGAUUUGGCCGAUUUCAGAUGAAGAAUACGGCUUUCUUUCGUGUACCCGAUAAAAAACCUUUUUAGUACCUUAAUUGACCCGACAUUGUUCAAAAAUCCGCAUCUUUAACACAAUGCCGUCAAUUUCAGCGUGCACGACGAGUCUGGCGGCGUCGGAGGUCCGGGUCCGUGCAGCAUUAGCAGCAGCAACAGUACGUCGAUGGCGGCGGCGGCUCCGCAGUACUUUGACGAGUGCUCGAACGAUUCUCACUGCUCGUCCGCCUACUACACGCCGAUGACGACGCCGUUCGUGUCGACGGAGGACGGCGGCGCGCCCACUUCGUUCUUCGGAAUGGACGAGAUCGACGGCGAGUGCCAGAUCAUGACGACGGCCGGCGGAAGCGGCACCUCGUCUCCGCACUUUCAACAGCAACAAUACUAUCCGAAAGUGCAGAUCAUUCCGAGGAAACAGCCUCCGCCGCCUCUACCGCCCGCGCAAACUGCUCAGCCCUCGCCAACGGUUACGGUUUUGCCGAAAAUAGAAGAAGUUGUGGAGCCGAAGGAGGAAAUAAAGGAGGAAGAGACGCCGUCUCCUGCUCCAGCAGAAUCGUUUGGCGACGAUUUGGUGGUGAAGGAGGAGGUCGAAAUAACCACUUCGGAGAGUCCGCAGCCAAUGUACGUGCACACGGCCAGAUCAUCCGAGUGAGUGAACGUUUCAUCAAGUUUUCAAGUUUUUUGGGGGCGAAAACUGAGUUUUUGAAUCUAAUUUCACAGAAGACGCGUCGUUUUUGAAUCAAAUCGAUGUGUUCUUACUGCUUAUUUGCUAAAGCUAAGCAAAAAUGAUUUUUCAACGCUUCCCCAUUUGGCUAAACGUUCUGUAUGAUUUGAAGCAAAACCUGUUUUUCAGCAGCCGCCUGGACUCCCCGUCCACUUCGACGACGGUUUCUCCCAGAAUUGUCACGCAAAGAUCGCACACCUCCUCGCCGGCCUCCUCCACAAACGUCUCGAUGCCCGGCACGCCGGCGCCCGGUGACAUUGUGCCGCCGCCAAAAAAGUCGUUGCCAGUCACGACUGGAACGAUUGUGAAACGGACGGUGCAGACGAAGGACGGCCUCCAGACGCAGUACCUGAAGGCGUUCGUCGGCGACAACGGCGAACGCAUCUACCGAAUGCUGAGCCCGCUGGCGGCGGCGCAGUUGUUACGCGGACAGCACGUUCCCGGACUCAACACGCGCCCGCCACCGCCCACUGUCACGCAACGUAUGGCGGCGCCCGGCACGAUUGUGAACAAGAACGGCGAGCGAGUGAUGGUCAUCCGGAACCAGAUGGGACCGAACGGACAGCAAAUGGUCGUCAGGAAGGUGGUGCAGACUGCGAACGGAGCGCCGACGCGGUUGAUGAGUGCGGGAAGAGGACAGCAAGUUUAUCGAGGUGAGCAGUACGGGAGGGGCUGGGGAAUUUCAACGUUUCAGUUGAUUUGAAGCCGAAGUUUUGUUAUUUUCCGCUUCAAACCAACUAAGAAGGUACCAAGAGCCCAAUUCAACCCAAAAAGUGAUUUUUGCAGCCGCCGACGGAAGCACUCUGAUUCGACGACCGGUGAACGGAGGACACGCGGUCGGACGAGGCGGAAUGGUGAUGCGACACGCGAUUCGGGGCGGAGCCGCCACUGGCGGCGGAUACAGCAACUACCGGGUGAACCUGGUCGGCCGUGGAACCGGCGGAUCCACGAUGGUCCAUCACGCACCGCUAAACGGCGCAACACGCACGGUCGCCCGGGGAACUCCGAUCGGAAGGAUAAUUCGGGGAGGCGGAGGACAAAUUCGAACUGUGAACGGACCGCUCCACGUCUCCGCCUCGACGCCUUCUUUUCAUUAUAUGGAGGAGAAUCAGAAUCCGAACGCGAAGACGCCGCAUGCACUGCUCCAGGCUCGGCACAUGCACCAGCAACAACAGCAAGGAUACGCGACGAACAACGCGUUGGGAGCACCGGCGCGCGUCUUGUUGAGCAGGUACUGUGACUUUUUCCAGACUUGUCAACGGACCGAUUUCGUGCCGGCCCGCUCAUAAGUCAGCCUUUUUCGACGACAGAAAUUCUCACGACGAGCAAAAGUCGAAUUUUUAGAUCGUCGACAAACGGUGGACUCUCGCGAAUGGCCGGUGGAUACGAACAACAGCCACAGCAGCUGCCAGGAGCCCCCGGUCGGCUCAUGAUUCCGAACGGAGCCGUCAGCAGAAACGGAGGAUCGGGACUGGUGUCGCCGCGAAUUCCAACGGUGCCACAGCCGCAGACAAAGUCGCAAAAGGCAAAGGACGAGAUGCGGAUGGCCUAUCAGAUGGGACGAGAGGAGGCGAUUCAGCAGAGGCGCAACGAUUUGGAGGAUGAUGUACGUUUUAUUCGCUGCAAAACAUGAAUUUUUGUGGAAUCACAAGUUUUCCGGCCUGGGUUUCAUCAAAAUUCGUAUUUUUCGAGUUCCUAGAUAGAAAUGACGAAAAACCAUUCGUUUGUUUGCAGGAAGAAAACCUUGGCUACGCGGAGACCUACGCCGAGUACACGCCCGCCAAACUGCGUUCCGGAAUGGCCCAUCCCGACAGCGUCGUCGAAUCCGCGUCUCUGAGCAGUGUGUCGCCGCCGGACGUCAAGUACCAAAUGCAGAUUCCCGAGUACCUCAUCGACAUGGGCCACAUCUCGGCACUCCAACUCGAGGCGGUCAUUUACGCGUGCCAGAUGCAUGAACGACGAAUGCCUUCCGGCGAGCGAUACGGAUAUCUGAUCGGAGACGGCGCCGGAGUCGGAAAAGGACGAACGGUGGCGUGCAUCAUCUUUGAGAACUACAUGCAGGGCCGAAAACGCGCCAUUUGGCUGUCGGUCUCGUCGGAUUUGAAGUACGAUGCCGAGAGGGAUCUGCGUGAUUGCGGCGCUCCGAACAUCCCCGUCUACGCACUGAACAAGAUGAAAUAUGCGAAAAUUUCGGGAAAAGAGAAUGGGAGCAUCAAGAAGGGCGUCAUUUUCGCCACGUACACUUCGCUGAUUGGAGAGUGUCGCGGCGCCAAGUCUCGCAAGUAUCGGAGUCGCAUCAGUCAGCUGAUACAGUGGUUCGGACAGGACUACGACGGAGUCAUCAUUCUCGACGAGUGCCAUCGCGCCAAGAACCUGGUCCCGACUGCCGGAGCGAAGCCGACAAAGACGGGACGAAUGGUGCUCGAGUUGCAGAAGGCGUUGCCCAAUGCGCGCGUCGUCUACGCUUCGGCCACUGGCGCCACCGAACCACGAAACAUGGCCUACAUGACGCGGCUGGGACUGUGGGGCGAGCGACAGGCCUUCCCCGAAUUUCACGAUUUCAUAACUGCGGUCGAGCGUCGAGGCGUCGGCGCGAUGGAAAUUGUGGCGAUGGACAUGAAGCAGCGCGGACUCUACCUGGCCCGACAGCUCUCGUUCCGCGGCGUCUCGUUUUCGGUGCAAGAGGUCCAGUUGUCGAGCGAUUUUGUGAAGAUGUACGACGACUCGGUGAAGCUGUGGAUGGAGGCACGUCGCCAAUUUCAAACGGUCAUCGAGACGAUGGACGAGGAGGAACGCGCGACGUGCAAAACGAUAUGGGGCCAGUUCUGGGCGUGCCAUCAGCGCUUCUUCAAGUAUCUGUGCAUCGCGGCGAAAGUCGACACGUGUGUGCAACUCUCGCGCGAGGCGAUCAAAGCGAAAAAGUGCGUCGUCAUCGGACUCCAAUCAACGGGCGAGUCGGCCACGCUGGAGACGUUGGAGGAGAUGGGCGGCGAGUUGAACGAGUUCGUUUCGACGGCGAAGACGGUCCUGUACGGACUCAUCGACAAACAUUUUCCCACCGACACCUCGUCUUCGAUGGGCGAUCGCGACAUUUUCAAAGAUUUUGACGAUUUCGAACGUCCGGCAAAGCGCAGAAAGACCCGCGAGACGUUGAGCUUCCUCGGCGACGUUGGCUUCGACACGUGGCAAGGAGUGACGACGGGAAUGGGCGGACGAGUCGGAGACGGAGUCUCGACGACCCGAAUGGGCAUCGCGAACGAGGAGGCGAACUCGACGACGAGCGAAAGUUCGGGAGAUGAGGAUGAGAUUUCCGAAGAGGAGGACGAAGUGGGGGUCGGAGAUCGACGGUCCGAAGGCGCUAAAUCGUGGGACAGUGCGAGAGAGGAGGCGGAAGGCGCGAGAACCCUGGAGGACGGAGAGCAAGAUGAGUGGGUGAAGGCGUUGCUCGCUGAGGCCGAAUCGUCGAGCGAUGAUAGCGAUGAAGAGAUGAAGGCGGAGGAGGAGGAGGCGGAAGAAGAGGAGAAGAAAGAGAAGGAGUCGUCGCAGGAGGAGGAGUUCAAUCCGUUCAUGUGCGACUUUACAAGCGACGAUCCCUGGGCGCACAAUCAGCAGAUUGUCGAGGACAAGCCGGUGAAGAAAGAGCGCGGUGAGCGAAAGAGCAAGAAGCGGAAGCGCGACGAGGAGGAGGCGGAGCGGAUGCGCGAGAAGGUUCGGAAGCGCGAGGAGCGACGGGAGAAGAAGCGGCGACGUGCGAUUCGGAAGGCGGAGAGGGAGAAGAAACGGCGUAACGAGGAGCUGCAGUCGCGCGGAUCCGCUACCGACUUUAUCACGUCUUCGCGGAUUUGUGGUGGAGCCGGCGGCGAGAAGGAGGACGUGAAUCCGAUGCUCAUCAAAACGGAACUGUUGGCGGCGGUCGAGAGGCUGGCGCCGAAUCUGCCGGCGAACACGCUCGAUCAACUUAUCGACGAGAUGGGCGGACCGGAGUACGUGGCCGAGAUGACCGGAAGACGCGGACACAUGGUCACGACGGAGACGGGCGACGUCAUGUACCAGCGGAGAAAUGCGAACGCCGAAGUCUCGUUGGAGCUGAUCAAUAUGGAGGAGAAGGAGAAGUUUAUGAGGGGCGAGAAGCUCAUCGCGAUCAUCUCCGAAGCCGCCUCGUCGGGAAUCUCUUUGCAAUCGGAUCGGCGAGCGAUCAACAAGCGCCGCCGCGUGCACAUUACUCUCGAAUUGCCGUGGUCGGCCGACAAGGCGAUCCAGCAGUUUGGACGUACCCAUCGAUCGAAUCAGGUCUCUGGACCCGAGUACGUUUUCCUGAUCUCGGAACUCGCGGGAGAAAAGCGAUUCGCGUCGGUCGUCGCGAAACGUCUCGAAUCCCUGGGCGCUCUGACGCACGGAGAUCGCCGAGCGACGGAGACGAGAGAUUUGUCGCAGUUCAAUAUGGACAACAAGUACGGACGAGUCGCUCUGGACACGCUCCUCAAGACGGUUAUCGGCACGACGAGCCCGCCGCUCAUCGAACCGCCCAAGGACUACAAGGCUGGCAACUUUUUCGAGGGUAAGGAGUUUCCUAUAAUUUUCCAUUCACUGGCCUACGGUAGGCUCCAACUUUUGAUACCUAAAUUUACGAAUGAAACACUUACUUUUCGCAUUUUUAAUCGAAAAUUUAGACUAAAUUGAUUAGUUGAAAAAUGAUGAAAGCAUAAAAUUUACGCAACAAAAUGCACACGUAUAGCGGGGCUAAUAUUCAUCUGCGUAAGCACGUGCUCUUUUUUUUCUCGGCCACGGCCGCCACCUGAAAUGCGGCCAUAUUUGAGCAUGGAACUUGCAAUUUCGCAACUUUUUCUCUGCAGACAUGCGCCUCUACAUGGAAGGUGUCGGACUGCUCGCGAAAAACAAAAACGGACAAUAUACGAUCGAGAAGGAGGCGGCGACGAUUCCAAAAUUCCUCAAUCGGAUCCUCGGACUGCCGGUGCACGCUCAAAAUGCCCUCUUCCUGUAUUUCUCCGAAAUUGUCGCCGAACUGAUAGCACAGUCGAAGCACGACGGAACCUACGAUUCGGGUAUUAUGGAUCUGGGCACCGGAGACGAUCAAGUGCGAAAACUGGAGACUCGCAUCUUCCUCGGACGCGUCGACAAUGGCAGUUUUCGGGUGGAGAUGCACAAGAUCGGAGUGGAAAGAGGCGUUUCGUGGGAAGAAGCGUUGGAGUUGUACAAGGAGCACAAUAGUGAUGAUGUGAGCUUUUUUCCCUGAACUUUUACGUUAUUUUUCUAAAGUUGUUUGAACAAUUGCUGAAACUUUACAUUUACAGGACGGUUUCUACCUGUGCCAUCCGGGCGGCGCGAACACGGCGAACACGCGUAAAGUGGCGGCGCUCGUCUACGGGAUCGGCAAGAUCCGAAUGGACAACGGCGCGCGGCUCUACGCAAUCACGCGCCCCUCGACGGGAAGGUCGCCGAAACUGAUGACGAUGGCCGAUUUGAGCAAACGGUUCACGAAGGUGACGGUCGAGGAGGCGAAGGAGAUUUGGACGACUCAGUACGACUGCGCGGCGACCAUGUGCCAGCACAAUUACGUUUAUCACAAGUGCAGGACAGAGUCGAGCGGAACGUACUGUGAGGUCGGACGACGAACACGCACCUACUUUGUGCUCUCCGGAUCGGUCAGUUUUUUGGUGAACUUUGUUUAGAGCGGAGUGCUCAUUUCGAGUGUAAAAUGCUUUAAAAACGCAGAUUUUCAGCCUAAAUUUGCAUUCUCAUACAAAUUGACUGAAUUUCAGUUGCUUGUUGCUUAUUUCGAAUUGCCCCAAAAACACUAAAACUGCUCGUUUUGCAGGUGCUCUCAGUAUGGCCGAUCGUCGAAGAAGUGCUUGCCGGCACGGACCGAAAGUCGUCGCGAAUGCAGGUGAUCCGAGUGAGAACCGAGCAAGAUCAGAAGAUUGUCGGUGAGUUAGUAUCAGUAAAAUUGUUUUUAAUAAACUAUCGCUUUCUCUGAAAACGAUAAUAUCUCGAAAAUUGCAGGUCUCCUUGUGCUACCGUCGCACGUGCGCAACCUCGUCACUCAGCUCGAAGCGCACUGUGGCCGAAGUAUAGUGAAGACGGAUCCCUAG